AUGUGGAUAAGUGCCUUGCCAGAGGACAGUAGCGCCCGAUUCACAAGUGUCCUAAGGAGUAGCUUCCACCAUUCAGGUCAAGAGGUCAUCACCCUGGGCGGAGGUGAGGAAAUAUGGCUCUUCUUGGAUGGACACCUGAUCAUGGAAAUCAUAAAUCACAACUUUCAUCAAAUCAUCUGCAAAAAAGCCGAACUACAGAACAACGAUGGGGAGGUGAGAAUAUCUAUAUACCAAGGAGUUAUUAAGCAUGGGAGGUGUGCUUCGCUGUCAUAUCUACCAAAUGAGAAUGUGACCAUCUUGUUAAGGGUUGGGGAUUCGUACACAUUUGAUAUGUUUAUGGCCGAACGGUUUGAGUGCUCCUCAGAACUAUUCAUGGAAUUCCAAAACAUCGAGCUUCCUUCUGAUGACAAACCGGUCAUCUCAGCUUCCUUCCAUACAAGCGAAUGGACGGGGACUGGUGUAGACAUCGGGACCUUUGUGAUUGGCGAAUUCAAUGAUGACAUCAAUUUGUAUGUGGGCGAAGUCGCGACAGAAUUUGAGAAUGUUAACUAUCAACCUGAAUGCUACACCGACCCGCAAGGCUUGGAUUAUCGAGGGUUUGUCAGUGUCUCGGAGAAUGGUCAUGCGUGCAAAAACUGGUUAUUGCAAAGCAUCGUUAACGACACCUACAACUCGGGUCUGGGCGAUCAUAACUACUGCAGGACGCCAUCUAUCAACGAGACAGCACCAGUGUGCAUCACUGAACUAGAUCCGCUUACUGUAGAAUACUGUAACGUUGGACCCCCUCAGACAUGGUGUGGAAUUCCAUACGCAUACAAAACGUUCGUUACCAUGGGAGCAGAAGAUGGAAGGUUGAACAAUAUUUUGUUCUCUGCAAGCAGUUUUCAUAGUGAAAGGUACCCACCUUCUAGCGCCAGACUUAACCAGGAAGCAGAUGGCCGCCUGGUGGGGCAUUGGUGUGCGAAGAAUUCCGGCCCAGAUGAAUGGAUCCAGGUUGAUCUGGGGGCCGUCCAUCCUCUUGCUGGUGUAAUGACCCAGGGUCGCAGGGAUCUGUGGCUGUGGCCUGCAAGUUUCCGGGUAAUCUACAGCUCAGACGAGGUCACAUGGUUCUCCGCAAGAAACCUAGAUGAUAAUGAGAUUUUCACAGGAAAUAACAACCAAGAUGGGGUUUAUCCGAAUUACUUCCGGCGGGAAAUUCUGGCCCGAUACGUCCGGGUCACCGACGUGAUCAUGAAUCCAUCGACAUGGGAAGUUCCGUGUUUGAGAUUGGAGUUGAUAGGAGUCCGUUAUGAAACAGAUAUGAAAGUCCUUGAAAUACCAUCACCAGCUUCAUACGCUCCCUUGGGAAUGGAGGAUGGACGCAUACAAGAUGACCAACUCACUCAAAGUUCUUGCUGGAAUGAGUAUCAUUGUGCUUUCCGAGCUCGUCUCAACAUUCAGGAUGAGGAUGGAGUCGGCAUCGGAGGAUGGGUCCCAGAUUGGCGAGACCACUCCCCGUGGAUACAGGUUGAUCUUCGGGAGACCAAGCUGGUUGGUGGGGUGAUGACCCAGGGAAGGACUCAACAUAACAAUGUCUUUCGGUCAUUUUCUGUGUCAUAUGGCAUCAAUGAUUCUAACUGGGUUUCUGCUAAAGAUAGGAGAAAUUCAGAGACCUUCAUAUCAAACUACGAUGAGGAUACAAUUGUGGUGAACUACUUUGACAAGCCUGUUACAGCGCGUCACGUGAAACUUAACUUCCUCUUUGAUGCAAGCUACCCGGGCGCUUUACGCAUGGAAAUCCUGGAGUUCCUACCGAAUUAUGGACCUGGCAUAUCACAGUUAGAUAUUGAACCCUUGGGUAUGGAAGAUUCUGCUAUUCUGAAUGAAAGCCUUGAUGCAAGUUCCGAAAGAUUGUUGGUGUCCUUUGCCAGAUUGAAUGGGCCAUCAGAAUGA